AUGAAUCAACUCACGACUGAGCAGGAGAACCGUAAACGUAUCCGGAAGGUGGAGAACGCCUUCAGACGAUCAGGGAUGCCCUUGUCCAUUCCUGGUCGGGUUCUGAUGGGGGAAGGCAGGCUGUUGAAGCAGGGUCGUAAGAAGCAGGCGCUGAAGGCUUUCUUCCUCUUCAACGACAUCUUGGUGUACGGCAGCGUCAUUAUGAACGGCCACUGGUACAAAAAGCAGAAAAUCAUUGCUUUGGAGGACAUCAAGAUCGAGGACUUGGAGGACAGCGAGAACAUGAAGAACCAGUGGUUGAUGUGCACGCCUCGUAAGUCCUUCUACGUAUCCGCCUCUUCGUACGAAGACAAGCGGGCCUGGAUAGAUCACAUUCGGGACUGUCGGAGCAGAGUGCUGGAGGACACAGACAUCCAGCCGGGCACCAACUUCGCCAUGUCCUGGAUUCCCGACAAGAAUGCCCAGAAGUGCAUGCGCUGCCUCAAGAAAUUUAACGCAAUCAUCUGGAGACACCACUGCAGAAAGUGCGGGUUCGUGGUGUGCAACGAGUGCUCCAAGGAACGAGAACUCAUCGAGUACAUCGAUUCCACCCAGGAGGUGAGAAUCUGCAAAGUCUGCUACAACAAAGACGACAGCGACGACGACAGCUCCCGCCAGAGGGGAGACAGCUCAGGGAUGCAUAGCUCCGAGGAGGAGGAAGGAGCCAUGUCCGGGGAUGAAGAACAGGUCCAGACGUCAAGCAGCUGGCUGGACACCAAAGACGGCACCUGGGGGCGACUUAGCACAAUCUAUUUGUAA